AUGAUUGAGUUUGUUUUACAGGCGGCCAUAGCAGUGGCUGGGCUCUUGGACUGGACGUAUGUUUCAGCAUUAGGCCUGAAGCAGCAGAUUGGCCGGUCGGAUCUGGAAACAUUUGUUAACAUGACAAAAGAAGGAUCGCUGUGCAUUGCUUCCACUCACGAGCUAGACACCGAUCACCUGUCUUCGUCUGGGUUCCCCGAUUUCAAAUCCAAGGCGGCUCUUCUUUUCACCGGAGAUUCUCUCAUACGUUCUGUCCCGGAGACGUCAUCAACGCUUCUGGUCGUUUCAACGGAGAUGCCGUUGUUGCAGAAACAGAGCGAUGAUGUAAUCUUUCUUGUGGAGAACACCCCGAGGUUGGAAGGGUUGACUGAAUACCUGUAUCAGCUUGUAAACACCAACAUAUCGCUGAACGUCCAGCGUGGCUAUUUAUUAACCGAUAGCGAGUGUUUUCGAGACAUGGGUGUGAAUAAUUCUGAGAUCCAUUUAAAAUGUCUCAGAAUGAUGAAGACUAAUUAUGAACACCUGGCCAUGGCUGACGCUACGUUCCUUCUUCUAAGAGUUGCUAAGGAGAGAAUACAAGCGAACUGUUCGGGCGACGUCGCAGGCUGUACAAAGACAUCGUUGACAUUUAUUAAUGAUGUAAUGUCAUUUUUUACGUACAAUGGACGCAGAAUAGCCCAGAGACGACCGACAUUCAGAUUGAUAUUCCCACGGAGUUCAGCAAACCAAACAGAGACCAUAGAUAUGGGAAACAUCGAGACGCCCGUGACAAUACCAACUGCAUUCUACAACAGCCACUGCGGAGACGCCUGUUUCGAGUGUACGGUGUGUCGGCCAUCUUUUUCCUCAGACGAACGAGUGAUGUUCAACGAUGCAGAUCUACUUCUUGUCGGCGUCUUUCCCAUACACACUUCAACUCCAGGUAGAAAAUGUGCUGUGCCAAAUGUUGGAGGAUUCAAAAUCGCCCAGGCUUUCACAAAUGCAAUCCAAAUGCUCUCUCAGAAGAAUCUGACUCUCCCUAACAAUAUUUCGUUUGGUGGAGUUGUGUUUGAUUCGUGUGGUGACCAGACCUGGUUUUCCACUAAACACCACGAAAUUGAGAACUGUUUGUACCACUACAAAAACUCAGAUGACAGGGCUGUCGUUAUUCAGCCCUCGAAGACUGUCGCUUACUUUAACACAGAUGCCUUUUCAGGUUUUAACACCGUUUCGAACACGGCGAAGCUAAGUAUGACUAUUGCAGACACUGGGAUAACGUUUGGUAACUCCACCAACGACCACUAUACAGAUUCAGUCAUUAGAACUCUAAAGGAAAUCAAAUGGACGUACAUCUAUUUUAUUGUUUCUGACACUGAAUUUCUAAAGAAUAAAGCUGAUCAGUUUAAAAUGAAAUCUUCUGAACAUGGAAUUUGUAUAGGUGGAGUUAUAACGCUAAAGCACAACGCAUCAGGACACCUGCUCGAGGAAAGCAUGUCUACCUUGAAUGAAGCAAAAGAAGACGCAGGGACAUUUCUGCUUCUUACCACCGAACAUGAUACAAUGCAGAUGUUUACCAAUCUUUUAAACAAACCAGUUCCAAAAUUGGGUCUCAAAGUGUUAAUAUUUUCUUGGCAUCUUCGCAUUCUUCAGACUAACAACUUGGAGAACAUCAUCGACGAGGCGGUAGUCAUAUGGCCUAGACCAGCUACAUCUGCUGGGUCUGGCGUCCCUUCUUCGGGUAACCCGUGGUACGAGCAGUUUCAAAACCCUCAGACUAAUAAUGGAUCAACUGUUGACAUCCUACAGCUCCUGGACUCGCGACUAACAUUAGUUAUGAAUAAAGCUGUGGAAAGUCUAGUAUCUAGUCUUGCCAUUAUCUACAAGAACAGAUGUCCUCGACAAGGCAGAAUGUGUAAAGCAUUCACUGAUUUUGAGUCCUUAAAGGACGAGGUUCGACCACUGAUGCUGUCGGGCAUAAAAGAUCUACAGGACACAUUUUAUAUUAACAGGAUUGACUUCAAAGAUGGUGAAUUAGUUGUCCAGAAGGUAAAAUUAGCAUAA